CAUCUUUUUCAUUGAACAUUUACUUUUCCAGAAAGAUAAGAUAUGUCCAAGUCAGAGAGUAAUUCUGAAUGUCCUCCAAGAAAGCAGCCUCGCCUUGAUUGUGAAAUGGAUGAGAGUCGGGGAUCAUGUGGGAGUGAAGACAGUCCAGGGAAGGAGGAGGUCAUGAGGGCCUGGCCCACAGCAAGUUUAACAAGAGCAUCUGGUGGCAAUGAUGUUUUAGCAGAUCCACGCUAUGAGGGAUUCCAACUGUUGGAUGAAGUACAUGAUGGAGAUGAUGAUGACAAUGAUGAACCAGAUGGACAAGAUUCAGAGGAGGAUUACGAGUAUGAUUCAGAAGUACCUGAGGAGGAGAUUGAUGCCCUCCUGGAGGAAGGCUUGCCGGAAGAGAUGAAAGGGCCGAGAAAGAGAAAAAGAGAAAUGGCACUUGGAGAGAAUGAUGAGAGCCCUUAUGAUGAAAGAGAAAAAGUGGUAUUGGUUGAAAAAGGAAAUAGUCACUUUGAAGUACUGCCAGAAGGAUGGGUUCAGGUGACACACAACAGCGGAAUGCCUGUUUAUCUUCAUAAGCAGACAAGAGUUUGCACAAUGGCAAAACCUUAUUUUUUAGGACAAGGUAGUGUUAGGAAACAUGACAUACCCCUCAGCGCUAUACCUUGUCUCCAAUACCUGAGAGCUCUAGCAGAUGAGAAAACAAGCAGUCAAGAAAGCAAGGAAACUAGUGAGAAGGAAACCUCGGAAGGGGAAGAGAGUCAGCAAAGUAGGCCUGGAGUCGGCAUGAAUGCAAGUCAGGUGGAGGAUCAGCUGGGAGUCGUUGAGAAUGGGAUAGACACUGUGAAAGCGACAUCAGUUAGCAGGGCCACAUCAUGUCCUGUGACUGGGGGGAGUUUGGCAGCUGCUUUAGCUCUCAAUACGAACAAGGAAGGAGGUGCCCCGCCUGCUGGGUUGAUGGUAGGCAAUGCCAAGAUAGAGACAGCAGUGGAGAAUCUGCAGCAGCAGUCUUUGGACGAACUUGAAGUCAGGGAAUACUGCAAGAACCGAUUUCUUUUUAAGAGCAUUAAGAUUAUUAGGUUCAAAUCCUGGGCAGAAAGAAGAAGUUUCCAGAAGAUGAGCAAGAAAAAAGAUAGACCGCAACUCCCGGAAGGAACCAAACUCAUAUCCCUUAGGAGGCAAGAGGAGGAUGGUGUACCAGCAGCCAGUAGUAAAAAGGAGUGGAUUAUGAAUCCCAAAGGAAAGAGCUAUGUGUGCAUUUUACAUGAGUAUGUGCAACAUGCUCUUAAAAAACAGCCAAAGUAUGUCUUCAAAGAAGUCGAGAAAGGUGGUAUUAGCAUCCUGUUCCUGUAUGUCACACAUCACAGAGCAUUCUUAUGA